AUGUCAGAAGAGCUUUCACGUAAGAGACAACGCCCUGAUGAAUUCGAAGAUGAUUUCUACGAACCAUCUUCACAUCAAAAUGGCGACAGCAACCAAAAUGGCGAAGAGCAACAGCCUACGUAUGAGGCAGAUGCCUUACCCCCUCAUAUGAUGGGUGGUGAUAACGGGUACGAUGAUUAUGCACCUCCUCCACAUCAGGCUAUGGACUAUGAGCAAAAUGAUGAGAAUCUGAAGGAUACAAGAAAUUUCCAGUCAAAUGCAGAGGAGGCAGGUGAUCAAGCGGAUCUAUUCAGACAGUCAGCAGCAGGAUCUGGGGGUUAUGGUCAAAAUAGAUACGACGGGGGAGCACCUCGUAAAAGGCAAAGACGGAUGCAAUUGAGUUCAGAAAUUCAAAGAGCUCUUGAGCUGUGCAAUAGUUUACAAAGUUUUGGAGAUUUGGUAUACGAAACAAAGCCAUUGUUAACGCAGAGCAGUGAAACAAUGGCCAAGUUAUGGUCGGAUGAAGACUUCAAAAGUAGCUUGCUUAAAUUCUUAGGUGCAGUUGUUGUUGAAAUGCCACACAAGACUGUCUUGUUUUCUGGCUUAAUAAUGUUAGCCAACGCAAAGAACGAACAGAUUGGCCAAGAUAUUUUAGAAUGGCUGAAAGACCGCAUCAAUGAUGUUUUUGACGCUAUUGAGAAGAAAGGAAUGGAUGUGGAUGGUGAUGAUAAUAAACCAGGAGAUGAUCAAAUGAACCAUGAAAAAUGUUGGAAUAGAAUUUUCUUGGUUAUCCGUAUGUUUGGCCUAUUAAUCCACAUCAUUGACGACUUUGAUGUGGUUGUUAGAUUCAUUGAACAGCUUUUGGAUUUUGCAAUUAAUUUGCAAAAUGCGGACGAAAAAAGAUCAAAGUUGGCAGAGUUAGUUUACUAUGAAGUUACUUUGAGCAUACCAUACUUAUUGGUGAAUGAUUCAGGGAACGAAGAUUUGAAAAGCAAAUGCAAGCAACUGUUAAGCACAGCUAGAAAAUUCAGAGUUAGAACCACUGAAAACAUGGACGUCUUUUACAGGCCUGUUGCUAAUGGUGACGGGACGUCAUGCAUUGCGAUGAGUGACUUGUUGCAGCAAGCCCCGGAAUCCACAGAGUCCUUUUUGGAGGACAUGACUUUAUUUUAUGAUGUCAUGUCACUUACUGAACCAUUGAUCAAAACUGUUUUGACCGAGAAGGAAACUGCAGUGGUUCCAGAAGGUGCUGAAGAGAAUAAUGAGAAUGAAGUGAACAACGAAGCUAAAGAAGAAAAGCCUGAACCUAAGAUGGUAAAACAUUCUAUUGGUGAAUUCGUUAUCCCAAGUGCUGAGGUUUUGAGCAAGUAUGAAAAUUUGGAAGAGUUUGCUUCGAUUAGUGACAAACUUUGGAAAUAUCCAAGAUUUAUUAUUGAUAUUUUCCCUCGUGAAAAGUCUAGGCGUAGCCUUGAAUUUGAAACGAGGCCUCAAUUCACGACAUAUGAAUCCAUGGUUUUGAACGAUAUUUUAACAAACAUUUUGAGCAACGUCGAAUACAAUCGUGUAACUGUGUCGAAGCAAUUUAUCAACUUUCAGAGGUUCUUUAACGAGAAAAAAUUCUCAAAGUCAAAUUCACCAUUGGAUAAAUUGAUGAUCAUUCAUGACUUGGGUAAAGGUUUAGAAUUUGACUUGAUCAAAAAUUUAGAGGAAAGUACCGAUUUCGAAGAGCAUAUCAAGAACCAGAUGAUAAAUUCGGCAAGAAGAAUCCAGGCUGAAUUUGAGGAUGGUUUUAAGUCCACUUGGAAGAUGGAAGAAAUCAUUCUCAACAAUAUUAUUGACCUAAUUUUUACAUUGCCAAGUAGCGAGUUGCCUCAAAUUUACUUUGAGGCUCUCUUGUCAGAUACCUGUGGUCGUGAUUGGACGUUAGUAAAGAGAUCUCAAUUGCACUCAAAUGAAAGCUUGGUUUUCUCCAAACUUGUUGGGGAUUGUUUCCGUUAUUUUUAUGAGAAUAUUGAGAAAUUGGAAUAUGAAAACAUUGUCAGAUUUCUUGAAUGGUUUGUAUUCCAGAUAAGUAAUUUCAAAUUCGAGUGGGAAUGGCAAGAAUGGGUAAGUGAUGUGAUUCAGUUGGGGGACGAAAGAGUGUACAACCCUAGAUUAUUUUUCAUCAAGAAUGCUAUUCACAAGGAAAUAUUGAUAACCAACUACAAGUUCAUCAGAGAUCGGACUUUGCCUGCCGAUUUGAAGAAGUUUGCGAACCUCACGUUGAAGAAUAAGGAAGAGUUGAUUGACUACGACUCCAAAUUUUUUGGCAAAGAGUUUGCGGAAGCAAAUACAAGUGAUCCUCUGGAAAAUGUUGAGGACUCCGAGUCGAAUGGCGAAGGUGGCGAGGACUAUGUUGUUGAGACCAACACGGACACAUACAAGUUAUUUUCACACUACUUAUUCAACCAUGACGAUCAUCCAUAUAAUGAUAUCUGUAGAGAUAUCUACAUGAAUUUGGAGAAUGUUGAUGAAUCCACUGAGUCCUUGGUUGAGUUGACGACCAAGCUUAAGGAGAAAAUCGAAAGCGAUUCGAGCGGGAUUGUGGAAAACAGCGACGAGUACAUCAUCACGCUUGUUGUCCAAUCGAUCUGUUUGAUUGGGUCGAGGUCUUUUUCGGUUUUCGAGGAGAGCUUGAACAAAGUCUUUGGAGACAAGUUGAACAUGAUUGUUGAGAACACGGACAACGACCGGAAGAAGCAGUGGAUAAUCGACGCGGUUCUCCGGAUCUGGAACAACGAGCCCCGGAUCGGGUUCAUGUUCAUCGAGAAGCUGCUUCGGUACGGGACAGUGAGCGAGAUCACUGUUGUCGAGAGCGUGUGGAACUGCAGCGAGAGCAAGGUGCUGCCGCUCUGCGAGGUCUACGCGGACGAGUUUCUCGGAAGACUACUGGAUUUUGCCGACGAGAGCGACGGGGAGGAGGAGCUUGCCAAGCAGAGGGAGAUCAUCCAGGUGUACCUCGGGAUGUCUGUGGCGAAGCUGAAUGGGUUCUACCACACGGUUGCUGCCGAAGAGGGCAACGGUGAGAUCGACAUGCGGUACCUCGAGGGGCUAGAUGAGACCAGCUCUGAGGCUGCAUGGGGGUUGAGGAACUCUGUCGGGCUGAUUGUGAGCAAGGUCCGCAAGUACAAAGAUUUAGACAUAGACUUCGGUGGGCUAUUUGAGAAGGCUGACAACGCGGAUAUCAGAGCACACCUGCAGCAAGCCGUGGGUGUGUAG